ACAAUGAACGGAAAGAUGCGGCUCUACGUUGCGUGUGUGUGCUGUAUUGGAGUAGUAUUCGGCCAUGUUAGAUACUCUGUACCGGAGGAAAUGACAAAGGGCUCGUUCAUUGGAAAUAUCGCCCAGGAUUUGGGGCUGGAUUCUAAGCGGCUGAUCAGCGGGAGAGCUCGGAUUUUUGACGGGGACAGUAGUGAGUAUGUGGAUCUGAUUCGAGAAAAAGGAAUACUGGUCGUGAAAGAACGAAUAGACAGAGAAUCGCUCUGCGGACAGACGUCGCCUUGUUCCAUACAAUUCGAGAUUGUUCUUGAUAAUCCAAUAGAAUUUCAUCCAGUUAGAAUAUUGAUAGAAGACGAGAAUGACAACGCCCCUCAGAUUCUCUACCCAGUACAGACCGGUGUCUCUCAAGUGGCUGAAAUGGUGCCUCGUUCAGCAGAUGUUGGCUAUCUUGUCACUAAAGUGGUCGCUGUUGAUGUGGACUCGGGGCAGAAUGCCUGGCUCUCAUAUAAACUGCUGAAAGCGACAGACAGGGCGCUGUUUGAAGUGGGCUUACAGAAUGGAGAAAUAAGAACUUUACGCCAGGUCACUGAUAAAGAUGCAGUGAAACAAAGACUUACUGUUGUAGUGGAGGACAACGGGCAGCCCUCUCGUUCAGCUACAGUCAAUGUUAACGUGGCGGUGGCGGACAGCUUUCCGGAAGUGCUCUCUGAAUUCAGCGACUUUACGCACGACAAGGAUUACAAUGAUAACCUGACUUUUUAUUUAGUCUUGGCCUUGGCUGCAGUUUCUUUCCUCUUCAUUUCAUGUUUAGUAGUUAUAAUAUCAGUAAAAGUUUACAGAUGGAGACAAUCUCGGAUCUUCUAUCAGUCAAAUCUCCCAGUUAUUCCGUAUUACCCACCCCAUUACGCAGACGUUGGAGGUACAGGAACUCUACAGCAUAGGUAUAAUUACGAGGUGUGCAUGACAACUGACUCACGGAAUAGUGAUACCAAAUACGUCAGACCCUGUAGUCAGAGUGUUCUCAUGGUGGACCCCAGCUCUACGGAGACCACGUUGCGCUCGAAGGAGCCGAACUCCCCUGACGAGGUGAGGAUGUAA